AUGUCGACCUCCAAACUCUUCCAGCCUCUCAAGAUCGGCGACAUGACCUUGGCACACAGACUGGUGAUGGCACCACUCACCAGGUACCGAGCCAACAAGAAGCAUGUACCUCUCCCCUUGGUCAAGGAAUACUACGGCCAAAGAGCCUCCACACCCGGUACACUCCUCAUCACGGAAGCCACCUUUAUCUCUCAACAAGCAGCUGGUGAUGCCAAUGUGCCCGGUAUCUGGAACCAGGAUCAGAUCGCGGCCUGGAAGGAGGUCACGGAGACCGUCCAUUCGAAAGGCAGCUACAUCUUCCUGCAGCUCUGGGCGCUCGGUCGCGUCGCGCACCCCGACGUCGCCGAGGCCGAAGGUAUCAAGAUCAAGGCUCCCAGCCCCAUCGCUCUUGAGGGUUCUGCGACUCCGGAGGAGAUGACGACUGAGGAUAUCAAAUCUUUUCUCGCCGACUACGCUCAGGCCGCACGGAAUGCCAUGGAGGCCGGGUUCGACGGCGUUGAGCUGCACGGUGCCAACGGGUAUCUGAUCGACCAGUUUAUCCAGGACGUCUCGAACCAGCGCACCGACGAGUACGGCGGGAGCAUCGAGAACCGGUCUCGUUUCCCCCUGCAGGUCCUCAAGACUCUGGCGGACACAAUUGGCCCGAACCGCGUCGCCGUCCGCCUCUCGCCGUGGUCUGGGUUCCAGGGCAUGCGCAUGGCCGAUCCUAUUCCGCAAUUCACGCAUCUCAUCAGCGAAGCUAGCAAGAUGAAGCUCGCAUACCUCCAUGUAGUCGAGUCUCGCGUCAUUGGCAACAUGGACUGCGAGUCUACCGAGUCGAACCAGUUCGCCCUCGACGCGUGGGGAAACACUUCUCCAGUCCUGCUGGCCGGUGGGUUCAAGCCCGAGAGCGCCAAGAAGCUUGUGGACGAGGACCAAAAGAACGCAGAGGUCGCAGUCGUCUUUGGUCGGUACUUCCUUGCGAACCCGGAUCUUGUAUUCCGAGUGAGAAAGGGAUUGGAGUUGAACAAAUACAACCGGGACACGUUUUACAAAGCCGAAAGCCCGGUUGGGUAUAUCGACUACCCGUUCAGCAGAGAGUGGGAGGACGCUCUAAAGUCCCACACUGGAUGCAAGAGCAAGAUGACUCUUAUAACAGCAUGUGCCCUCCAAGUUCCAUCCAACUUCGGCGCAGCAGAGAUCAUGACAUUGAUAGACAACCCAGAUCUUGCACUACCCAAAGGCUCCCUGAUAUUGGUAACGGGAGCCUCGGGCUACAUUGCCAGCAACUUCAUCAUCGAAGCUCUUGAUGCAGGCUACAAGAUUCGCGGCACUGUGCGCUCAGCUUUCAAGGCCCAAAGAACAAAAGAAGUAUUCGACUCGCCUAACUAUGACGCAUUGGUGGUCGCAGACAUAGAGCAAGAUGGCGCCUUUGACGACGCUGUCAAGGGAGUCGAUGCCAUUGUGCACAUGGCCUCGCCCCUGACACUCAACCCGAAUCCGAAGGAAGUCGUCUCCCCGGCUGUCAAGGGAGCCACGUCCAUUCUCCAGUCCGCGAUCAGAGAGCCCAGUGUCAAAAGAUUCGUCCUUACGAGCUCAAGUACAGCGACGAGCCUGCCUAAGCCCGGAGUCAAGUUCAAGAUCGAUAAGAAUACCUGGAACACGGAGGUCGAGGACUAUGUCGAUUUCCCGCCGCCAUAUCUGCCUGAGAACGCUACGAAGGUAUAUGCUGCGAGCAAGACCAAAGCGGAACAGGCAGUUUGGAAGUUCGUCAGGGAGGAGAGGCCCAGAUUUGUGGUUAAUUGUGUGAACCCGGCAUUCAAUAUGGGUCGUGUAGUCGACUCUCCCGGCGCAACAGGUCAGGUAAUUAUCGAGGCUUUCAAGGGAAACGUGGCCUGGGGGUUCCCUCCACAAUAUAUGGUCAACGUGGUAGACUGUGCUAGACUGCAUCUGGCUGCUCUUCUUGACGGCUCCGUCCAGAAUGAGCGCAUCCUGGCCUUUGGUACUCCGUUCAACUGGAACGAUGUGUUGGAUAAUUUCCACCAGCUGUUCCCGGAUCGCAAGUUUGUUGACAACCAGCAACAGGAGGUUGAUCUUAGCGAAGUUGACAAUGGGCUCGGGCAGGAGUUGCUGCGAAAGUGGUUUUGUCAAGACGGCUAUACAGGACUCAAAGAGAGUCUCAGACAGAAUGUCGCAAGUCUAGUUUAA